AUGGAGGCCGCGGGUUCGAGCCCCCCUUGCGGCCUGUGCCUGGCCGAGCGCGCCCCGUACACCUGCCCGCGCUGCCACCUGCGCUUCUGCUCCGUGCCUUGCUACCGGGGCCACGGCUCGUGCGCCCGCGACUUCCAGAGCCGCGAGCUGCAGCUCCGGCUCCGGGGCCAGCGGGGCGACGAGGCUUCGCGCCGCCGCCUGAGGGAGGCCCUCCUCCGGCUGCGGGGACUACGCGAGCCCGGGGAUGCGGACCCCCAGCUAGGCCUCGGCCCCCAUUCGGCGCAGGAGGCGCUCGAGGGCCUGUGGGAGCAGCUGAGCCCCGAGCAGAGGAAGGCUUUCCAGCGGAUGCUGAGCAGCGGGGAGAUCUCGGCCCUGCUGCCCCCUUGGCAGCCCUGGUGGGUGGCAUGCAGCCGUGGGGCAGCCCUGAUCCAGGAGUUGGGCCCCACGGAUGCCCAAGCCCCACAGGAAGCCUCCGAGCGCAACACCCGGCCUCCGCUUCCCAUCCAGGCGCAAGACACCGCUGCUGGCACCCAGAGCCUUCCGCAGCCUGCGGGUGAUUCGAACUCGGUGCCCGCCGUGCCCGCUGUCAUCGCGCCUCUGGCCACCCUCAUCGGCUCGCCUCUCUCGCCCCUGGUCCGCUUCCAGCUGCCCAACGUGCUCUAUGCCUACGCGUACGCCCUGUCACUUUAUAACGGGGAUGUGGGCGAAGCGGAGACGACGCUUCCCGAAUUCUGCGAAACGGUCCUGGACGUCUCCGGGGCUCUGGGGGCCAAGCAGGUGUACCGGUCCACGGCGGAGGCCCUGCAAGCCGCCCUGCAGGCGGUGACGGUGGACCGGUACCCCGAAUGCCCUUUGGGCAACGGCGGCGUGAUGCUCGCGGUGGCCCAGCUCUUAAUGGGGGAGCGCCAGGUGAAACAGAAGGGAUUCACCUUGGCCGCUCUCGCCCAUCUGUCCAGGUUGCUGAGAAACGGGAAGAGGCAGGUACCUGCCGAAGACCGGCCCAAGGUGUUCGGAGCCCAGAAGAAGUGCGAAUUUCUCCUGUCCUGGGUGAACGAGAACGAGGAGGCCUUGACCCUCCUGGCCUUGGAGGCACAGAGGGAGUACAAGUCCCACCUGGACAUGGCGAAGGAAGUGGGCGCUGUCACCCAGGAACUGGAGAAGAUGUGGGGGGCCAAAGUGCCCCCCUCCAAAAGACCCUUGAUAGAAGAAUUGGACUGAGCGCUUCAACCUGUCGCAGGUGCCACACAGCCCAGGACGGAAUCGCUCUACUGGAAACGGGAUUGGAUCCUUCAGCAGGAAAUUGGAAAAAGAAGGCUUUGGAAAAUAACAACACUGGAUCACUUCUUAGAUUAGACCUGAGCACAGAUGGGUAUAGAUUAGCCUCCUUUCUGCCUCUAUACCGAACACCUUGAAACGGAGCACGGCCGGGGAUUAAAGAGAUGUUGAGGGUGAGGAGGGGAUUUGUAAUAAAAGGUAAACUUCCUUGCUGA